CUCCCCAGCACGCUCCCCGUGCACCCCCUUUCCCUGGUGCGCUCCCCCCUGACCUCUCCGUGCACCCCUUUUCCCGUGCAAUCCCUGAUAUACCCCCAGCUACACUCCCUGUGCACCCCCUUUCCCGUGCAUCCCCGCCGCGCUCUCCCAGGCACAUUCUCCAUCCCUGCUCCACGCUCCACGCGCUCUCAGCCAUGAACGGAUCAGCGGUGGGCUCUGAGGGGGGCUGGCAGCCCGAGUCGGUGAUCAUCCCACUGGUGUACCUCAUCAUCUUCCUCGUGGGCACGGUGGGCAACUGCCUGGUCCUGGCUGUGCUGCUGCGCAACGGGCAGGUGAAGAACACCACCAACCUCUUCAUCCUCAACCUGGGGGUGGCCGACCUCUGCUUCAUCCUCUUCUGCGUCCCCUUCCAAGCCACCAUCUACACCCUGGAGGGCUGGGUGUUCGGGCCAUUCAUGUGCAAGGCUGUCCACUUCUUCAUCUACCUCACCAUGUACGCCAGCAGCUUCACCCUGGCCACCGUCUCCCUCGACAGGUAUUUGGCCAUACGAUACCCCCUGCACUCGAGGGAGCUGAGGACACCCAGGAAUGCCCUCAUGGCCAUCUGCUUCAUCUGGGGGCUUUCCUUCAUCUUCUCAAGCCCUUACCUCAGCUACUACCAGGAGUUCCAGUUGGCCAACCUGACCGUCUGCCACCCCAUCUGGGAGAUCUCCCAGCGCAAGGUGAUGGACAUCUGCACCUUCAUCUUCAGCUACAUCAUCCCAGUGCUGAUUCUGAGCCUCACUUACGUGCGGACUAUUCGCUACCUGUGGAGGUCUGUGGACCCUCUCCAAGACAUGUCGGAAUCCAAGAAGGCCAAGCGGAAGGUCACCAGGAUGAUCAUCAUUGUAGCCGUCCUGUUCUGCCUCUGUUGGCUGCCCCAUCACCUGGUCAUCCUCUGUGUCUGGUUUGGGUACUUCCCCCUCAAUCACGCUACGUAUGUGCUCCGCAUCCUCUCGCAUCUCAUCUCCUACGCCAACUCCUGUGUGAACCCCAUCGUCUAUGCCCUGGUCUCCAAACACUUCCGCAAGGGCUUCAAGAAGAUCUUCAUCUGCCUUUUGCCCAGGAAGGUGGCCAACAAGGUGCACGUGGCCCAGGUGAUGAACACCGUCAGCACGCUGGAGGCAGAGCUCAGCGAGGUGACCCACGUCAGUGAAGCCCUUCCUGGCCACUCCUCCGUGCGCUGCCAGGUCCCAGCCCAGCCCUGGGAGGAGGCAGAGCUGGUGGGACAUCAGCAGAAAGCCGAUGGCUCCUUCAUCACCUUCAGCGUCACCUAGCAGAGCUUCUUCCCACCCCAUGGCUUUGCAGUCUCCCACGGCAUCGCAGGCCUGGGGAUGGGCUACAUUUUGGGUUGAAAUGCGUCAGAUCACACCCUUUUUCAUUCAAAUGCAUCCAGAUAUCAUAACUGUUAAAGAAAUGCUGCUGACUAAAGACAUCCAAGAAAGUGACCGAGGAUUCAAGGGCAGGAUUUGCUUCCACCAAGCACUUGCUGAGAGCAGAGAGAUCAAACCCUCAAAUCAACUCUCAUGUGUAAUCACCCGUUUCUCUGUCAUGGACGUACUUACACCCUGUGACACCCUGUUGCAUCUACACCUGGAGCCUAUUGAAAGCUGUGAUCCCUCCAAGCAAUGCAGUGUCUGGCUGGAGUUAGCAGGGUGAACUGCUAGGGACAUUUGGGAAGUCUUGGUUCAUUUGCGUCCCAGUUCAGGAGUUGUGUCCCAGGGAAGCGCCGGCCACAGCCACAUGAGAACAAACCUGGCUCAGGUAAGAAAAUCCAGGAGAGAUGCAUAGAAAUCAGCAGAAAAACCUUCCUGGUGCUGGCUGGGCUUUCACAUCUCCCUGGGGCUCGUGGCUUGGGGGAGGUUUCUCCGAGAUGGAGUGUGGCUGGAAGCAGGAUCUGUUGCCAAGACAAGCACCGUAGCUCAAGUACUGGACUUUCAAGGGCACAGGGCACCACCCCGCGCUGCUGCCUGUGGCUCAUCCCCAUUUUGGUGCGUGCGAGGCUUUGCAGAGUGU